UCGCCAGUCGCCAGUUGAAGAGCCAACAGUGAACAAGUUAAAGAAGAAGAAGAUAUAAAGAAAGCCGCCGUUAAAGCGAGAUCACAACGAAUCCAGCUCAACCCGUGUCACAGUCGGAGUCGUGUUCAUUCAAGUGUUGCAAGUGCGAUCCAGUCAAAAUGUGUGCCCAGAGUCAGCUGAAAGUCAUUGGAAUGGUGCUGCUAAUGUUGUUGGUGGCUUGUCAGGCACGUCCCAUGGAUCUGUAUGAUGAUGUGAGCGACUUCUUUGAUGCCAUCUCAUUGGAUGAUGUGGCCAACACGGGACGCAAUACGCAUCCGGAGCAGUUCUGCAUGAUGCCGGCUCGCAAGGGUGUCUGUCGUGCCCUAAUCCCCAGAUGGCGCUACGAUCCGGAGCAGAAAAAGUGUGUGGAAUUCAAGUUUGGCGGAUGCGAUGGCAACGAGAACAAUUUCCCCAGCUACAAGACCUGCAUGGCCACCUGUGAGGGCAUGUAGGCGAUAGGGAACUGCGGGGAGUACUGCUGGUCGGCGUUUCCGUUUCCGAUUGGCCGGCGUUGCCAAAGGCGCAUGCUUUUCUUUCACCCGAAUCAAAGGCAGCAUUUACUUUUAACAAA